CACACACACACACACACACACACACACACACACACACACACACACACACACACACACACACACACACACACACACACACACACACACUGCACUUCCCCCUCUCAUCACACGGGAAGAAGAGCCACACACACACACACACAUCCACACUCAAACACACACCCAUAUUCCGAGUCAGUGGAUCUAGAUUCUCUCUCUCUGCCUGUCUUCCUGAGUUUCUGUUGGAAGAUGCUCUGCUGGGAGUUGUGUCUGACCCUGCUCCUCUGGGCUCGUCCUGCGAGGACCAUCCCUUCCACCAACGUCAAGAUCACACACGCCUUCCCCCUCCAGUUGCCAGAACCAGGCCUUCCCGUCACCUGUCCAUUGUUCUGGACUGAGUUCGAAGGUCACUGCUACCGUUUCUUCCCUCUGAACCGUACCUGGGCCGAGGCUGACCUGUACUGUGCUGAAUUCUCCAACGGUCUCAAGUCUGCCAAACUCACCUCCGUACACAGCUGGGAGGAGAAUGUGUUCGUCUACGAUCUGGUCAACAGCCGUAUCCCAGGGAUACCAACAGACAUAUGGAUCGGCCUUCACGACAGGAGACAGGAGGGCACUCUGGAGUGGACCGACGGCAGUAACUAUGGAUACAGCUACUGGGAUGGCAACCAGCCUGACGACGGCAUACACCGCAUCCCCGAAGAGGAAGACUGUGUCGAGAUCUGGUACAGGCAGAACAGCGCACUGAGGUCCUGGAAUGAUAACAGCUGUGACAAAGCCUUUCCCUUCGUGUGCAAGAUCCCCACAGUGGACAACUAGACCUCUGGGGUCCAACACACACACACUGACACACACACACACAGAGCCCCACUGAAAAUGAUGAUAUUGGGGAACUUUCUUGCUGCUGUUGUUGCCUUCUCCUUCCUCAACCUCCCUCUCUUCUUCUCCUCCCUCCUCCCUCCCUCUCUUCUUCUCCCCCCUCAACCUCCCUCUCUUCUUCUCCUUCCUCAACCUCCCUCUCUUCUUCUCCUCCCUCCUC